AUGAUUGCUUGUAAAUAUGGUCAUACUGAAAUAGCGAAGAUGUUGUUAGACAGGGGAUCAGAUUGUAAUAAAUGUGACUCGUUUGGUCAAUCAAUGAUCAUGCAGGCUUGUAAACAUGGUCAUACAGAAAUAGUAAAAAUGUUAUUAGACAGAGGAGCAGACUGUAAUAAAUGUGAUGUUAAUGGUAAGUCACCUGUAAUGAAGGCUUGUGAAGAUGGUCAUACAGAAAUAGUAAAGAUAUUAUUAGACAAAGGGACAGACUGUAAUAAAUGUGAUCAAAAUGGCCAGUCAGCUGUAAUGAAGGCUUGCAAACAUGGUCAUACAGAAAUAGUAAAGAUGUUGUUAGACAGAGGAGCAGACUGUAAUAAAUGUGACAGGAGGGACCAAUCACCUGUAAUGACGGCUUGUGAAAAUGGUCAUACAGAAAUAGUAAUGAUGUUAUUAGACAAAGGAGCAGGCUGUAAUAAAUGUGACUCGAUUGGUCAAUUCCCUAUGAUGAAGGCUUGUGAACAUGGUCAUACAGAAAUAGUGAAGAUGUUGAUAGACAGAGGAGCAGAUUGUAAUAAAUGUGACUUGGUUGGUCAAGCACCUGUAAUGAAGGCUUGUGAAGAUGGUCAUACAGAAAUAGUAAAGAUAUUAUUAGACAAAGGGACAGACUGUAAUAAAUGUGAUCAAAAUGGCCAGUCAGCUGUAAUGAAGGCUUGCAAACAUGGUCAUACAGAAAUAGUAAAGAUGUUGUUAGACAGAGGAGCAGACUGUAAUAAAUGUGACAGGAGGGACCAAUCACCUGUAAUGACGGCUUGUGAAAAUGGUCAUACAGAAAUAGUAAUGAUGUUAUUAGACAAAGGAGCAGGCUGUAAUAAAUGUGACUCGAUUGGUCAAUUCCCUAUGAUGAAGGCUUGUGAACAUGGUCAUACAGAAAUAGUGAAGAUGUUGAUAGACAGAGGAGCAGAUUGUAAUAAAUGUGACUUGGUUGGUCAAGCACCUGUAAUGAAGGCUUGUGAAAACGGUCAUACAGAAAUAGUAAAGAUGUUAUUAGACGGGGGAGUAGACUGUCAUAAAUGUGAUGGUUAUGAUCAGUCGACUGUAAUGAAGGCUUGUGGGGGAGGUCAUACAGAAGUAGUAAAGAUUUUAUGUGACAGAGGAGCAGACGUUUAUAAAUGUGACAGAUGGGGUCAAUCAACUGUAAUUAUGGCUUGUGAAUAUGGUUAUGCAGACAUAGUAAAGAUGUUAUUAAACAGAGGAAUAGACUUUAAUAAAUGUGGCUUUAGGAAUGAAUCACCUAUAAUGAAGGCUUGUGAACACGGUUAUACAGAAAUAGUAAGGAUGCUGCUAGACAGAGGAGUAGAUUUUAAUGAUUGUGAUAGGUUUGGCCAAUCUCCUGUAAUGAAGGCUUGUGAACAUGGUCAUACAGAAAUAGUAAAGAUGCUCUUAGACAAAUCCGCAGAAUAUAACAAAUGUGACAAGUAA